UUUCAUUACCGACCUCACAACCUUCAAAUCCCUCAUUCCUCUCUCUCUUUUGCUCUCUCUCAAUCUCUCAAUCUCUCUCUCACACACACAACACAACAAUAACCAUAACAACACCAAACACAACCACACCCCUUUCUAACCGUUUUCAUGGCUCAGAAAACAGAGAAAGAAGAAACCGAAUUCAAAGUUCCUGAAACCAUUACGCUCUGCGUGAACAACUGCGGCGUUAUCGGUAACCCUGCCACCAACAACAUGUGCCAGAAGUGCUUCACCGCCUCCACCGCCACCACCUCUACCGCCGGAAUCUCGCCGCCGUCGUCCAGAUCCGGCGUUUCUUCCCGCUGUUCCAAGAGAUCCUUCCCGGAAGAGCCCUCGCUGCCCGCCGAUCCUCCGUCCUCCGACCAAUCCGCCCCGUCCGAGGCCAAGCGCGUCGUCAACCGCUGCUCCGGUUGCCGGCGGAAGGUCGGACUCACGGGAUUUCGCUGCCGGUGCGGCGAACUCUUCUGCGCCGAGCACCGGUACUCCGACCGCCACGACUGCAGCUACGACUACAAAGCCGCAGGAAGAGAAGCCAUAGCCAGAGAGAAUCCGGUGAUCAGAGCCGCGAAGAUCGUCAAGGUCUGAAAUCUCCGAAUCCGAAGAAAAAGAAGAAAAAUCCGAAACGGAAUCUCACGCCGACGAAUUUGACCCGUUUGUUCGCGAUCGGGUUCGGGUCACGUGUUUCAACUUUUUUUUCAAUUAUAUAUAUAGAGAAG